CUCUCUGUCAAUCCAGAGUCGUUCUGUACAUAUCUCCCGCCGGCCAUCUUCUCUCCUCCUCCCCACUUCUAAUCCUUUUCUUCGUUCUUUGACUAAGUGGGCUUGAGCUGAAUUCAAGAUGGUUGCGCCGACGUUCAUUCUUACCCGCACUUUCGCCAUCUCCGCGCUGUUUGUCGGUGCAUUCCCGAUAACAUACGCUGCGCCGAUACCCACCAAGGCCGCGGCAGUCUCGUCUCACCUCGAGCCACGCUUUUGCCGGGCGAUGGGUUGUCUCUACGCGCUUCCUGACGCCGACUCCUCAGACGCCGCGGGUAACGCAACCACCACUACCGCCGCCACUUCCCCCUCCGCCGACGCAUCCUCCUCUGCGCUUCAAGUCAUCGACCUCCUCAUCUCAGCCUUGCAGUCAGCCGCUUCGAGCCUUCGUCAGUCGUCGACGGCGCAAACGGCGAUAUCCUCUGUGAACGCCGCCGUUCCGGUUGCGGUAGACGCUGCGGAACCCGUCGAGACGGACUCACUUGCGGCGGCCAUAGCGGCCAUCGCGGCGACGGCGGCACCCGAGACCGAAGCGCCGUCGGCAGACGCGCAAGAAGACGUACCGACGCCGGCGGUGGAGGUCAUCGGGUUCAGUACCGUAGCGAGUACAGACGUCGAUACCUCCGCGUCGGCGUGAUACUCCCCCAGGUUCCACCUCCAUCUCCUCCGCUUGAGGAGAACAACCCCACACUCUUUCUGGACACAGUCUUUCCAUUCUUUCCUACAUCUCUUCCUCGCCGGGUCGCUCCCCUCGCCGCCCGUCAUCGCCACAUCCUAAUCGCGCACUGGUGCGCUCAAAACCGUGUAGACGGCUAGAGGAUACCCCGCGCGCUCCACCUCGUUCGUCGCCACCUCAUCAUUCCGUUCUCAAGAGCUACAAGGGCUUCUUGUGCUGGACUCUUCACCGCCCC